AUGACUGGCCCGGGCGCGGCGGGCCCCGCGGGGGCGGCGGGAGGCCCGGCGGCCGCGGGGGUGGCGCUGUGCCGCCGGAAGGACGGAGGCCCGGCCGCCAAGUUCUGGGAGAGCCCCGACACCGUGUCCCAGCUGGACUCGGCGCGGGUCUGGCUGGGCAAGCACUACAAGAAGUACGUUCAAGCGGAUGCUCCCACCAAUAAGACGCUGGCCGGACUAGUGGUGCAGCUUCUCCAGUUCCAGGAAGAUGCUUUCGGGAAACACGUCACCAACCCUGCCUUCACCAAACUCCCCGCAAAGUGCUUCAUGGAUUUCAAGGCCGGGGGUACCUUAUGUCAUAUCCUCGGAGCCGCUUACAAGUUUAAAAACGAACAGGGCUGGCGAAGAUUUGACCUGCAGAACCCCUCCCGAAUGGAUCGGAACGUCGAGAUGUUCAUGAACAUCGAGAAGACACUAGUACAGAAUAAUUGUCUGAGCAGACCUACCAUCUACCUCAUUCCAGAUAUUGAGCUGAAGUUGGCAAAUAAACUGAAGGACAUUGUCAAACGACAUCAGGGAACCUUCACCGACGAGAAAUCAAAAGCCUCCCACCACAUUUAUCCUAAUCCUACCUCACCGGAUGACGAAGAGUGGUUGAGACCUGUGAUGAAAAAAGAUAAGCAGGUGCUGGUGCACUGGGGGUUCUACCCAGACAGCUAUGACACUUGGGUGCACGCUAGCGAUAUCGACGCAGAAAUCGAAGACCCCCCGAUCCCGGAAAAGCCGUGGAAGGUGCACGCCCGCUGGAUCUUGGACACCGAUAACUUCAACGAGUGGAUGAACGAAGAAGAUUACGAAGUGGAUGAGAACAAGAAGCCCGUCAGUUUUCGCCAGCGCAUUUCAACCAAGAACGAAGAGCCCGUCCGAAGUCCAGAGAGGAGAGACAGGAAAUCGACGGCGAGCACGAGGAAGAGAAAACACUCACCUUCUCCUCCGCCUCCCGCUCCGGCAGAAUCAAGGAAAAAGACCGGAAAGAAAGGGCAAGCCAGUCUGUAUGGGAAGCGGCGAGGUCAGAAAGAGGAAGAUGAACAAGAGGAUCUCACCAAGGACAUGGAGGACCCAACCCCGGUUCCCAACAUAGAAGAAGUGGUGCUUCCCAAAAACGUGAAUCCAAAGAAGGACAGUGAAAACACGCCGGUCAAAGGGGGAACAGUGGCCGAUCUAGAUGAACAGGAUGAAGAAACUUUGACCACCGGCGGGAAGGAAGACGAGGACCCCGGCAAAGGGGAUCAGAGCCGAUCCAUCGACCCGGGCGAAGAUAACGUGACGGAGCAGACGAACCACAUCAUCAUCCCCAGCUACGCCUCGUGGUUUGACUACAACUGUAUCCAUGUCAUAGAGCGCCGGGCUCUUCCAGAAUUCUUCAAUGGGAAAAACAAGUCCAAGACUCCAGAAAUAUACCUGGCCUAUCGCAACUUCAUGAUCGACACGUACCGCUUAAACCCUCAAGAGUACCUGACCAGUACCGCUUGCAGAAGGAACCUGACCGGGGACGUCUGCGCCGUGAUGAGGGUUCACGCCUUCCUGGAGCAGUGGGGGCUGGUGAAUUACCAAGUGGACCCGGAAAGCCGGCCCAUGGCCAUGGGCCCCCCGCCCACACCGCACUUCAACGUGUUGGCUGAUACGCCCUCGGGGCUUGUGCCUCUCCACCUCAGAACUCCUCAGGUCCCUGCUGCUCAGCAGAUGUUGAACUUUCCCGAGAAGAACAAAGAGAAGCCCACCGAUCUGCAGAACUUUGGCCUCCGCACGGAUAUUUACUCCAAGAAAACCUUAGCCAAGAGUAAAGGAGCCAGCGCCGGACGAGAGUGGACUGAACAGGAGACCCUGCUGCUAUUAGAGGCGCUGGAGAUGUACAAGGACGACUGGAACAAGGUGUCGGAGCACGUGGGGAGCCGCACCCAGGACGAGUGCAUCCUGCACUUCCUGCGCCUGCCCAUCGAGGACCCCUACCUGGAGAACUCGGACGCCUCCCUGGGCCCCCUGGCCUACCAGCCCGUGCCCUUCAGCCAGUCCGGGAACCCGGUCAUGAGCACCGUGGCCUUCCUGGCCUCCGUCGUCGACCCCCGCGUGGCCUCCGCCGCCGCCAAGGCGGCUCUAGAGGAGUUCUCUCGGGUCCGCGAGGAGGUGCCCCUGGAACUGGUCGAGGCCCACGUCCGGAAAGUGCAGGAGGCGGCCAGGGCGUCCGGGAAGGUGGACCCGACCUACGGCCUGGAGAGCAGCUGUAUCGCGGGCACCGGGCCCGACGAGCCCGAGAAGCUCGAGGGAGCCGAGGAAGAGAAGAUGGAAACCGAAACGGAUGGUCAGCAGCCGGAAAAGGUGGAAAACAAGGGAGAGAGUGAGGCAGAUGAAGGCGACAAAGCCCAGGAUGGCGAGACUGAGAAGAACAGUGAGAAGGAACAAGAUGGCGAAGCCAGCGAGGAUACUAAAUCAGAAGAGAAGGACGCCGAAGAGAGCAAGCAGAACGCCGACGCGUCUAAAGAGAGAGAGAGCGACGUUGGGAAAAAGAAGGUGGAACACGAAAUUUCCGAAGGCAACGUCGCCACGGCCGCCGCGGCUGCCCUCGCCUCCGCCGCCACCAAAGCUAAGCAUCUCGCCGCAGUCGAAGAGAGGAAGAUCAAAUCCCUGGUGGCCCUCCUGGUUGAGACUCAGAUGAAGAAGCUGGAGAUCAAACUUCGUCAUUUUGAGGAACUGGAAACGAUCAUGGACAGGGAGAAAGAAGCCCUGGAGCAGCAGAGGCAGCAGUUACUCACGGAGCGCCAGAACUUCCACAUGGAGCAGCUGAAGUACGCAGAGCUCAGGGCCCGCCAGCAAAUGGAACAGCAGCAGCACGGGCAGAGCGCUCCCCCAGCCCACCAGCACAUGAACCCGCUCGGGGGAGCGGCCGGCCAUCCGGGCAUGCUGCCCCACCAGCAGCCCCCGCCCUACCCCAUGAUGCACCACCCGAUGCCCCCUCCGCACCCGCCGCAGCCAGGUCAGAUGGCGGGCCCCGGCUCCAUGAUGCCCGGCCGCAUGAUGCCGGCCGUCGCGGCCACCAUCCACCCCUCCGGAGGGGGCCCCGCCCCGCCCGGCCUGCCGCCGAUGCCCGGAAACAUCAUCGGACCGCGGGCGCCCCUCGCCGCGCCCAACGGCAUGUAUCCCCCUCCGCCGCAGCCCCAGCCACCGCCGGCACCCCAGCAGCAGCAGCCGGCGCCGGCCGCCGACGGGGUCCCUCCGCCUCCGGCGGCCGCGCCCGCCGCCUCCUCGGCCGCCCCGUAGCGGGUCAAGCCGCGGGGAACCUCCGGGUCCGGUCCCCGGGGCCGCCGCCGUGGGGAUGAGACUCGUAUUCCUCGGUUUCCUUCUGUUUCCCUUCAGGGUUCUUCC